UCUUCUUCUUGUCUUGAGUGUAUUCUUGCUACGCGGAAUAUAGACCGUAUCGUGCUUGAUUCCAACGCCCAUAUCCAACGUCGGCCCGUCGAUACCCUAAAACCGAAGUUUUGUGAAGCCAACCUUGUCAGCCUCCCCUGGCCUCUCAACCGUAAAGACCAGCCUCUCACCCAAGCCAAAAGCGUUGAGCGACAAGAGGGUCGAACCCUAAAAUUGAGCCGUUGGUAUCUGCAACCCCCAGCUGCAGCCAAAGUUGCUUCUCCGGGCUGCUAUUUUUUUCCGGUCCAUCUGAUUUUCUUAUCGGGCAUUGUGUUUUUUUAAUACGUCCAUAAUAAUUCCCCCCUCCCUCCCUCACUCCGGCCUCCUGUCUCUUCAGCCCUCCCCGCGCAUUCGUCGGGCCAUCCAUCCUUCACGUUUAGUGGUCUUGGAUUCCAAAUCCGGAAACGCGCCCGCGAGACAAGACGGACGGCUUUUUACCCCAGUUCUUGGCCCCCUUCGGUCGGUCGGAAGAUUCAAUCUCACUGGGUCACGUUGGUCAGGGCACUGUCAGGUCACCUCGAGGUUCGGGUCUCCUGUUCGUCUCUCUGGGAAGGUUGCAUACCUGCCCUCCUUGAAGGCGGCUUUUGUUUUGACGCAAGCUAAAGGGCUGGCAGCUUGGAAACGACGGACAGAGAGAGAUAUUUUCCUGUAAGCGAGGGACAUAUAAUAUCCUGCUCGUCUCCUCGUCUCGACUUUCAGAACCCUCUCAGCGCCCUCUUUUUUCCGGCUUGUUUUCCGCUUCCUUGCCGACUCGCGACUUUACGCAUCCCAUACAAUGGCAAACCAAGAUGUUUUCCAGUACUCGAUGAGCUCGAACUCGGCCUGGGCGGGCUACAAGGCGCACCAGAACCCGAACUUCUUCCCCAAGCUGGCCAGCGGGCAGUGGCCUCAGAUCCUGUGGCUGGGCUGCUCCGACUCGCGUUGCCCCGAGACCACCAUCCUGGGCCUGCAGCCCGGCGAUGUCUUUGUGCACCGCAAUAUAGCCAACAUCAUCUCGGCCACCGACAUCAACACGUCGGCUGUCAUUGAGUACGCCGUCAUGCACCUCAAGGUCAAGCACGUCGUGCUGUGCGGCCACACCUUCUGCGGCGGCGCCAACGCGGCGUUGGCCGACUCGCGCGUGGGCGGCGUGCUCGACACGUGGCUGACGCCGCUCAAGGCCAUCCGGCUGGCCAACGCGGCCGAGCUCGCGUCCAUCUCGGACCUCAAGGCGCGCGGCGUCCGCAUCGCCGAGCUCAACGUCGUGGCCGGCUGCAAGACCCUGAUGGCCAACCCCAACGUCCAGGACGCCAUCCGCGACCGCGACCUGCAGGUCCACGGCUGCAUUUACGACAUCUCGACGGGCAAGAUCAGGGACCUGGGCUGUGGCAACGCCGUCAAGGCCCUGUCGGGCACCGGCGAGGGCGAGGUCGUCAGGGGCAGGCACGCCACGCUCGUCUUCAAGGGCAGCAGCGCCUCCAUGACCAUCCGCUGAUGUCGACGACGGGGCGGGUCUCUACGAUUGUCUCGUGUGGUUUUGUCUUUAUUCUUCUUCUUCGUUGCGGAUACUCCCUGAUGUUUUUUUGUCUUCAUUUUCCUGUCUUAUACGAUAUCAAGCCAUCUGAGAACCAGCCCGACCUAUUGCAUAUGGCGGCAUUUUUCCCAUUUCGUUGUUGUUUUUGUUCAUUGGGCGAGCAUACAAAGUAUCCGCCAUGAGUGUCGGGAGUACUUGGGACGGCAAGCAUUUGUCUACUGGAGUCUGGCGGCGGCGGCUGUGUGGAUACGAAUUAAAGCGUGCGGGAUUUUUCUUUUCCCUUUUUUCUGUUUUCGUCCCUCUCAUCACACAUCCGGUGAGGGAGGAGUACAAACAAAGCAAAUAAGCAUAUAUGGGCUACGAAGCCACAUCAACACCCGGUUUUUCGUACGAGUUCGUACGAUUUGGACACGCGAGCGCGACGGCGGUGGUCGGCGACGGCUGUCUGUCGUUGGUUUAGAAAUACCCCAAUCUAUCUCACGCCUCAUUGUACCAG